CCACGAUAAUGUUAAGUAUGAUUUCUGAUCUCUUCUUAUUACUGUUUGUGGUCAAUCGUUUGAUUCCAACGGAAACCGCUGUCCUUCCUAAUAAUCAAGAGAAGAAAACCUGCGGAUAUGAGUCAUGUGCAAAAGUCGAUCCAACAAAGUUGAACAUACAUAUAGUGGCCCACAGUCAUGAUGAUGUUGGUUGGCUCAAAACAGUUGAUCAAUACUACUUUGGACAUCGAAAUGAUAUCCAAAUAGCAGGUGUUCAGUAUAUUAUUAACUCAGCAGUUAAAUCCUUGCAGGAAAAUCCAGAAAGAAGGUUCAUUUACGUGGAAACCGCCUUUUUAUGGAAAUGGUGGUUAAGGCAAGACGAAAAAGAGAAGGCUGCGGUUCGAUCCUUGAUCGACGAAGGAAGGCUCGAAAUAAUUGGUGGAGGAUGGAGCAUGAAUGACGAAGCAGUGACUCAUUAUCACUCUAUUAUCGACCAAUUCACCUGGGGAUUCAGGAGAUUGAACGACACCUUCGGAAAAUGCGGGAGGCCUAAAAUUGGAUGGCAAAUUGAUCCCUUUGGACACUCAAGAGAACAGGCAUCAAUGUUUGCCCAAAUGGGGUUCGAUGGUCUACUUUUCGGUCGUCUGGAUUAUCAAGAUAAAUCACAGCGAAUGAAAACUCAGACUCCAGAAUUGAUUUGGAAGGGUAGCCCUAGUUUAGGUGAAAGUUCUAAUUUAUUUACAACAGUUCUCUACAACAUUUACGUUCCACCGAGUGGGUUUUGUUUCGAUAUUCUUUGUUCAGAUGAACCUUUGAUUGACGACACCGAGGUUCCAGAUUACAACAUAGAUCGAAAAGUGGAACAAUUUUUGGAAUUUGUCAACAAUCAAGCAAAAGCCUACAGAACAAAUAAUGUGAUAAUUACUAUGGGUAAUGAUUUCACCUACCAAAAUGCUGACACAUGGUUUACUAAUUUGGACAAACUCAUUAGAUACACAAAUCAGAGAAACGGAUCAACACAUCAUGCAAUUUAUUCGACUCCAUCCUGUUAUUUAAAAGCCGUUAAUGAUCGGAAUGUAUCAUGGACAACAAAAAGUGACGACUUUUUCCCUUACGCCAGCGAUCCCCAUUCCUACUGGACUGGUUACUAUACUUCACGACCAACGAUUAAACUCUACGAAAGAAUGGGCAACAACUUUUUGCAAGUGGUGAAGCAACUUUCGGUUUUGAGUAGUGCCCCAGACAAUGAGCAAUUAGAGAAAUUUCGAGAAGCCAUGGGUAUACUACAACAUCAUGAUGCAGUCACAGGCACAGAAAAGCAACAUGUUGCAAACGAUUAUUCUCGAAUUUUGACCAAUAGCAUAAGCGACGGAGAAAAUAUUAGCACCGAGUCUUUGAGAAAUUUGUUACCAAAGGAGACAAAUUCAGAACAGAAGAACUCACUCAAAUUCCAUUCUUGCCUUUUGUUGAAUAUUAGUACCUGUGAGUACACAGAAAACAACAAAAAUUUUAUUGUCACUUUAUACAAUCCAACGAGCAGACCACUUACAACUCAUAUUCGACUUCCCGUUACAGGAACAUCAUAUCUAGUUAGAGACUAUCUAGGAACUGAACUAGUAACACAAAUUGUUCCUAUAUCAACAGCAGUAAAAAACAUUCCUGGUCGAAAAAGUUCUGCUUUACAUGAGCUACUAUUUCUAGCAAUAGAAAUACCUGCUUUGGGUUAUCAAUCCUUUUAUGUAAGCGAAAAGAAUCAGACAAGUCAAUUACAAUCUGAUGAACCAGUUAGUGACCAGAAAUCUCGGUCCAUGGGUGGAAAUGCUUACGACAUUUCUGUUGAUACCACUGGAAAAAUCGUUAUCCAGUCUAAACUUGAGUAUAGUAUUAAACUGACACAAUCAUUCCAUUACUAUGAGGGAGCUGAAGGUAACAACCAUGGGUCUAUAAAUCGUACUUCUGGUGCAUAUAUCUUUAGACCAAAUGUAACAGCUGGAAUCAAAGAUUUCAAUUAUAAUGGAUAUUUGAAAAUAUGCAAAGGUCCCUUGGUAGAAGAGCUUCAACUGACUGUUAACAAGUGGAUCAGUCAAGUAGUCAGAGUUUACAGUGAAGAAGAGAGAAUUGAAUUUAGCUGGGUAGUUGGUCCCAUUGAUAUAAAUGACGGGAUUGGUAAAGAAAUAAUAACCAAAUACACCACGGACUUAAACUCGAAUGGAGAAUUUUCAACAGACAGCAAUGGUCGAGAAAUGUUGAAGCGAGAAAGAAAUAAGCGACAGACAUGGAAUUUAGAACUCGCCGAGCCAAUUGCUGGAAAUUACUAUCCAGUUACGACAAAAAUUUCUCUUAGCGAUGAAGAUAGAAAAUUAAAAAUGGCUGUACUUACUGACAGAGCACAAGGAGGCAGUAGUUUAAAAGAUGGUGAAAUCGAACUGAUGCUUCACAGAAGAUUGUUAAAGGAUGAUGCUUUUGGUGUAGGAGAAGCUCUAAAUGAAACUGCGUAUGGAACAGGAUUAGUAGCCAAAGGAGAACACUCCUUGUUUAUUGGAAACCAAUCAAGCGCAUUCCUACUUCGCGAAAAAAAUGAGGCUUUGAGGUUGGCCCUUCGACCUUGGAUUUUUAUUACCCCUCUUGAAAAUACAUCCUAUGAUGAUUGGAAGAAAACGUACAAGAUGCAGAGUUCUGGUGUGGCUAAAACUUUACCUCCCAAUAUUCAUAUUUUGACGUUAGAACCCUGGAAAGAUGGAAGUAUCUUAUUGAGACUCGAGCAUCUCUUUGAAUCUGACGAAUCAGUCGAAUUUUCUAAGCCAGUGACAAUAAAUAUACAGGAACUAUUCUCGGCUUUCACUGUAACUUCAGUUCAUGAGACAACAUUGGGGGGUAAUCAGUGGUUAAAGGAUAACGAACGCCUCAGAUGGGUUGCUGACAAAGCAGAUAUAGUAGGAAACAAUCAUACUGUUCUGCCCAUUACAUCUGAAAGCGUAAAUGGAAUGGAUAUACUGUUGAUGCCAAUGCAAAUUCGUACCUUUAUUGUCAAUAAAGUACAAAAACCCUUUUAAAUAUGCAGUUCCCAAAGGCCUAAUUGGAUUUCUGGGGAGAAAACAUCCACAAGGCUAAUUGACCAAUAUCGGCAACUGUAAUUUCGUGAUUGUGAAUUCCCUUUAGUUAGAACUCCUUCCGUACUCGAUUUGGUGAAAAAUGUGAACUUUUCUACAUUAUUUGCAAUUGCUGAUGUAUUUAUCUCGCGCUUCGCGCUCGAUUAUGCAUUUACCUCGCGCUACACGCUCGGUCUU